UUCGGGGGAGUCGCUUAUAUUUAGUAUUUAGGGGAGGCCACUGGCAACGCGCGUUUUGUGUGCUUACAGUACAUUGGGUCAGCAGUUGUCAUAAUAGCGCAAAGCCUUAUGGGAUAAUGCACAGAUUUCAAGAUGGCGACCGAUUUGACGUCCGCUCGAAGGCAAUUAAUGGAGGCCUUAGGAGAGAGUUCACAAACGUACUGGAACCUCAUGAAAUUAUGGUAUAAACAAAAGAUUGGCAAAGAUGACUUUGAUGCACAAGCAAGGCAAUGUCUUGGUACUGAUAACAUUCACUUCCACAACACCUUUUUGCUGGCAAUUCUAGCAAAGUGCCAGGCUCUGGGAGCUACUCCAGCCUCACAUCCCCGUACCCCCCAUAAGCCACCACACAAACCACAGCUUAUCAAGAGGGGCAAGGUUAAGAAGCAGAGAAGGACCCUGAAAGCUAACUUUGAGCAACGGUUUAGUCCAUGUGACCCUCUGAGAGACGCACCAUUGAUGAACCUUAAGGAUAUAACAGAGGAUUGUGAGAUAGGGCUUUGUUCCUAUGAUCUCAUGCUACCUGACAUCACUACCCUGCAUGGCCGUUUGUUCCUUGGUGCAUGGGACGCUGGCCUAGACAAUGUUGCAGACGAGACCGUCCCUCUAAUCCAGUGUGCUACAGAGCACCUUGUUAAAGACAUCCUCACCAUUUGCUGUGCUCGUCGCAGUCCAUACCGACUAAGGGAUGGUCACUUCCGUUACGCAUCAGGAACAGCAUGUCCCAAGAUGCACUUGAGAAACAGCAAUCUCACAUGGCCCCCUCCGACAGACAAACCUUAUGAGAGGUCGGUGACUACUAAUAGCAGUAGCUCCCCUAGUACCAGCGGCGGCCGAACAUUGGUGCAGGCAGCGGCAGACGCGGCCCUGGCCGUCUCUCUAAGCGACCACUGCAGUCAACCGAGCGCGCCCAUCUCACUCUACGACCUCAGGGACUCGUUACAGGUUCACCGUAGGGUGGUGCCUUCACACACCGUCUACACCGCUAACAUGGAACGCAUCCUGUCCCAGCUAUGGCACCCUUCACAUGACGAGAUCGAGCAGAAUCAGCUACAUCGUCUCGAGGCGAAGCGCAGAUACGAGCGCCUAAAACAGCAGAGAAGUCUCAGAUUAUAAGUGCAUUGGUGUCCGGUAUAAUUUUUCUAAGACAAUAAAGAAUUGAUUUUGCAGUUAGGUGACAA